CUCAUUUUCCUUGUUCUUCAUUGCAAGAAAGUUGCGUGUGUUUUUUUCAAUCACUAUGAACAACAUCAAUUCAGUUGAGUCUUUAAUCGUGAUGGACUCGGAUGUCUCUAGAAAUGGAGAUUCUGAGGACAUAGAUAUUGGCUUUGCCUUCAACCAUUCUAGCUUCUCUGAUAAAAUCAUUCAACUCGAAAUCAUGAAGGAUAUUAUUGAACUUUUCCCUAAUGGCAAUUAUUCCUCCACAAGCGCCAAUCAAACUAGUCUCGGCAAAAGAAGAAGGGACGACAUGCAGAAAGACAAUGAUGAUGAGGCUGCCAAUCCCACGAAUGUUGCAGAUUCUCACAUGGACUGCUCUGCAGUACUUAAAGUGAGAACACUGCGUAUUAGCUCCGCCAUCCUGGCUGAGAAGAGUAUGUUCUUCAACAAGCUCUUCUCUAACGGGAUGAGGGAGUCGCAGCAGACGCGCGUCACCCUGAGAAUCGAAGCAUCUGAGGAAGCUCCAUUCAUGGAGCUUUUGAACUUUAUGUACAACAGCUUUCUGAAUGCGACCUCACCGCCUAGUUUGUUGGACGUCUUUAUGGCGGCGGACAAGUUUGAGGUGGCGUCCUGCAUGAGAUACUGCAGCCGGAUAUUGCUGAACAUACCCAUGACAGUGGAGUCUGCGUUGCUCUACCUAGAGCUUCCUUUCAGUGUGCGAAUGGGUAAUGCUGCUCAGCCAUUGGCUAUAGCAGCAAAACAAUAUCUCGCUGCUCGUUACAAGGACAUCACAAAGCAUGAGGAAGAGCUGAUGGAAUUGCCACUUGCUGGGAUCGUGGCAUUAUUAUCCAGCGAUGAGUUGCGGGUCGCAUCUGAGGAUGCAGUGUACGACUUCGUGCUGAAGUGGGCUCGAAGCCAGUACCCUAAUCUGGAAGAGAGGAGAGAAAUCCUCAGAGCAAAUCUUAUCCACUUCAUCCGCUUCCCGUUCAUGACCUGCCGCAAGCUGAGGAUGGUCCAAACUUGCAACGACUUCGAUCAUGAAGUCACUUCUAAGCUAGUAUCUGAUGCCUUGUAUUUCAAGGCUGCGGUACCACACCGACAAAGGAUACUCGCUGCGGAAUCGGCUUCCACUAGUCGCCUCUUCAUUGAGCGGUCAUACGUGUACCGCCCUAUUAAAGUUGUGGAAUUCGAACAUCCACAUCAACAGUGUGUGGUCUACUUAGACCUGAAACGGGAGGAGUGCGCCAACUUGUUCCCUUCUGGCCGCGUCUGUUCACAGACCUUCCAUUUAGGUGGUCGGAGGUUUUUCUUGUCAGCGCAAUGCAAUAUGGACCAGCAGAGCUUCUACCAUUGCUUCGGCUUGUUCUUUGGCAUGCAGGAGAAUGGCUCUGCCAACUUUAGUCUCGACUAUGAAUUUGCUUUUCGGUCGAGACCAACCUUAGAAUACAUCAGGAAAUAUAAAGGCAACUUUAUGUUUACAGGGGAAAGUGGAGUCGGUUCCAGGAACUUUUUUGCUACACCAUGGACAUCGUUCAUGGCGGAGGACAGCCUCUUCUUUAUUAACGGCGUUCUCCAUCUUAGAGCAGAGCUAACAAUCAGAAACCCGGCGGAUUUCAGUAGUCCUGUAGUUUGGCAGCUCUGAUAUUUUGUAGCACUUUUUCUUAUUUCUCGUUAACCCUCUGCAGUUAUUAGUUGUAAUAUGUUUCAAUAAGAAAUGGUAGCUUGUGAAGCAUACUUUCAA